UAGGAGGGGACCGUCUUUCGGGUUGCGCCUUCCUCACGCGGCUACAAUGCUGGUGGUCUUGCAGCACGGUCUCCUGGAGUUUGUGUCCCCAGUAAUCGUAGCUUUGACUGGGAUGAUGUCAAAGGCUCUGGUGGUCAUCAGGUACCCCAUUGGCACACAACUCCCUAGUUGCAGACAAUACAAAGGAACCAAAAGUGGAAGAACACUUGGUCAGGAGGCAGAAAUGAAGCAGGGACAGGUUCUGGAGAUGAGACUGUGGGCAGGAGGAGUGGCCUAACCACAGUGAGCAAAGGCCAGGACGUGAGGGUUCCCUCCAGGAAUCUCUCAUCACCUAGCAGGGCAGCAGAGCUUUGAUCUUUUGGUGAUUGGUGGGGGAUCCGGUGGCCUAGCUUGUGCCAAGGAAGCUGCUCAGCUGGGAAGGAAGGUGGCUGUGGCUGACUAUGUGGAGCCCUCUCCUCGAGGUACCAGGUGGGGCCUUGGUGGCACUUGUGUCAAUGUGGGUUGUAUACCCAAGAAGCUAAUGCAUCAGGCUGCACUGCUGGGGGGCAUGAUCAGAGAUGCUCAGUACUAUGGCUGGGAAGUGGCCCAGCCCAUCCAACACAGCUGGAAGAAAAUGGCAGAAGCCGUGCAAAACCACGUGAAGUCCUUGAACUGGGGUCACCGCGUCCAACUUCAGGACAGGAAGGUCAAGUACUUCAACGUCAAAGCCAGCUUUGUCGAUGAGCACACAGUUCAUGGUGUCGACAAAGGUGGGAAGGCGACUCUGAUUUCAGCCGACCACAUAGUCAUCGCUACAGGAGGGCGGCCGAGGUACCCCACACAGGUCAAAGGAGCCCUGGAGUAUGGAAUCACAAGCGACGACAUCUUCUGGCUGAAGGAGUCCCCUGGGAAAACGUUGGUGGUUGGAGCCAGUUACGUGGCCCUAGAGUGUGCUGGCUUCCUCACUGGGAUUGGACUGGAUACCACUGUCAUGAUGCGCAGCAUCCCUCUCCGAGGCUUUGACCAGCAAAUGUCAUCUUUGGUCACAGAGCACAUGGAGUCUCAUGGCACCCGAUUCCUGAAAGGCUGUGUCCCCUCCCUCAUCAAAAAACUCCCAACUAACCAACUGCAGGUCACCUGGGAGGACUGUGCUUCUGGCAAGGAGGGCACAGGCACCUUUGACACUGUCCUGUGGGCCGUAGGGAGAGUUCCAGAAACCAGAAAUCUAAAUCUAGAAAAGGCUGGUGUGAAUACCAACCCUGAGAGUCAGAAGAUUAUUGUGGAUGCCCAGGAGGCCACCUCUGUCCCCCACAUCUAUGCCAUUGGAGAUGUUGCUGAGGGACGGCCUGAGCUGACACCCACAGCUAUCAAGGCAGGAAAACUUCUGGCUCAGCGGCUCUUCGGGAAAUCCUCAGCCUUAAUGGAUUACAGCAACGUUCCCACAACUGUCUUUACACCACUGGAGUAUGGCUGCGUGGGGUUGUCUGAGGAGGCGGCUGUGGCUCUCCAUGGCCAGGAGCACAUAGAGGUUUACCAUGCAUAUUAUAAGCCCCUGGAGUUCACAGUGGCGGAUCGGGAUGCUUCACAGUGCUACAUAAAGAUGGUGUGCAUGCGGGAGCCCCCACAGCAGGUGCUGGGCCUGCACUUCCUUGGCCCCAACGCUGGAGAAGUCACUCAGGGAUUUGCUCUGGGGAUCAAAUGUGGAGCUUCGUAUGCCCAGGUGAUGCAGACCGUAGGGAUCCACCCCACCUGCUCUGAGGAGGUGGUCAAGCUGCACAUCUCCAAGCGCUCGGGCCUGGAGCCUGUUGUGACUGGUUGCUGAGGUUAAGUCACCAUCCCUGCCAAGCUGAGGGCACAUGCCAUGCCACGUGCCUGGUACAAGGCUCCUCAGACACCUGGAUCCAGGACUGGAAGCCUGCUGCCUCCUCAGGGAUUCCAGAAGAUAUGGCUGAACACCUGUGGCUGCAUAGCUGGCGUGUGCCCUGCAGGGAUGACUCCGCACCUCCAUCCUCUGGCCACCCUUCUCAUACUCCCAGCGUCAGAUGAUGACAGCCUGGGCAGAAACCCCAGUGUGGGCUGCCCAGGUUUGAGCUCCUGGCAUUUCUGGAGUGACAAUAAAGAGGGUGUUUUGCUAAA